UUGACCAAUUUCUAUUGUGCAUUCACUAAACGAACAUUGUUGAAUUUGGCUGUGUGUUUUUGUGCAUAAUCUACAACUACAUAUAUAUAUAAAUUCCUAUUAGCCAUUUAAAAGUGUCUUCAUUAAUUUGUGCAAAAAAUAUACAGUGAAGAAAAUGUCUGCUUUACCCAGUGAUCUUAACCAGUUAUUCAAAUUUGUGGAUGAACACAAGUUGAAAUACAUUGAUGUGCUUAAAACAGCUGUAGCCAUACAAUCUGUUUCGGCCUGGCCCGAAAAGCGUGGAGAAAUUGAUCGCAUGGUACUAUGGACUGAAGAUAAAUUGAAGGCCUUGGGUGCUGAAACAAAAUUGGUUGAUAUUGGUCAAGAAACACUGGCCAAUGGAGACAAAAUUCCUUUACCCAAAGUCUUGUUGGGUACACUGGGAAAGGAUCCCAAAAAGAAGACCGUUGUGGUAUAUGGUCACUUGGAUGUUCAGCCCGCCCUUAAAGACGAUGGCUGGGCCACUGAACCCUUCGAAUUGACCGAAAAAGAUGGUAAACUUUAUGGUCGUGGUGCUAGUGAUGACAAGGGUCCAGUUCUUUGCUGGAUUCAUGCCAUUGAAGCCUAUCAAAAGUUAAACAUUGAUGUACCGGUCAAUCUUAAGUUUGUGUUGGAAGGCAUGGAAGAAAGUGGCAGUUUGGGUUUAGAUGAUCUCCUAAUGAGUCUUAAAAAUGAUUUCUUAGCCAAUGUUGAUUACGUUUGCAUUUCCGACAACUAUUGGUUGGGCAAAACAAGACCCUGCCUAACCUAUGGUCUACGUGGUUUAGUCUACUACACCGUUGAGGUGGAAUGUGCCCAAAAGGAUUUGCAUAGCGGUGUCUUUGGAGGUACCGUGCAUGAGGCCAUGCCUGACUUGUGCUGGUUGCUAAGCACUUUGGUGGAUAAGGAUACCAACAUUCUAAUACCUGGUAUUGAAAGAGACAUUGCCCCAUUGCUACACAACGAACAUGAAAUUUACGAAAAAAUUGAUUAUGAAGUUGAAGAUUACAAGAAAGACAUCGGUGCCACAGCUUUGCCACACAAGGAGAACAAGACCCAAUUGUUGAUGCACAGAUGGCGUUAUCCCUCUUUGUCGAUUCACGGCAUUGAAGGUGCCUUCUCGGAAGCCGGUGCCAAGACUGUUAUUCCCGCCAAAGUUAUUGGUAAAUUCUCAAUGCGUAUUGUACCCAAUCAGGAGCCCGAGCACAUUACUGAAUGUGUCACCAAAUAUUUGAACGAAAAAUGGGCUGAACGUGGUUCCCCCAAUAAAAUGAGUGUGAGAAUGCUAAGUUCUGGUAAACCCUGGACCGAAGAUCCCAAUCAUCCACACUAUGAAGCUGCCAAGCAGGCCAUAAAGCAUGUCUUCAAUGUAGAGCCCGAUAUGACACGCGAGGGUGGUUCUAUACCCGUCACUUUGACUUUGCAAGAGGCCACUGGCAAAAAUUGCAUUUUAGUGCCCGUAGGUGCCUGUGAUGAUGGUGCCCAUUCUCAGAAUGAAAAGAUUGAUAUUUAUAAUUAUGUUGAAGGCACUAAACUCUUAGGUGCUUAUUUGUAUGAAGUUGGCAAAUUGAAUUAAGUUUACAAACAUUCAUCACUGGCCACAGGUUUUUAAAACAUCACAUUUACAACAUAACAAGCAAAAUGAUUAAUUUAAGAAGCUAAGCUUCCGUUUUCCAACAUGAAAUAACUUUUUUUUUUAUUAAUUUGUAAUAAAUAACAAAACUGAAAUACAUUUUUAGCAAAAAUAAAAAAUAAAAUAUGAAAAAAUUAAAAACAAA